GCGUGCAGCUCGUGGAACGUCGAUCAAACCAAAAUCAAGUUACACUCAAACCAAAACCAAUUAAAAUGGCCUUUAAGUAUCUGAUUUUGGCGUCAGCUCUCUGCUUGAGCUUGGCCUAUCCGGUGGACCAACAUCAUUAUUAUGAGGAGAGCCACGGCGGCUAUGAGCAUCUGGCCCAUCAUGAGGCGGCGCCGAUACACGACUAUGGACAGCAUCAGAUUGAGCGCGUCUCCCUGGGCGAGGAGCAUGGACAUGAGAUACCACACUACGAGGUGGAACAGCAUCACACAGAGGAUGAGCAUGUGGAUUACUAUGCCCCUCCCAAGUAUGCCUUCAAGUAUGGCGUCAACGACUUCCACACUGGCGAUGUCAAGUCGCAGCAUGAGACCCGCGACGGUGACACCGUGAAGGGCCAAUACUCUCUGGUGGAGCCCGAUGGUUCCAUUCGCACUGUGGACUACACCGCCGACAAGCACAAUGGCUUCAAUGCUGUCGUUCACAAGACAGCGCCAGUGCACCACCAUGAGGAGAUCCAUGAUCUGCACGAGCAUCACUAUUAAGUAACGAAUGCCUUUAACCCCAAGAGAGCAAAAAACAAACAUGAGACCAUAUAAAACUAUAUAUGUUUCUAGAGUUAGCCAAAUUUCUUGAUAAAGUCGCUUCAUCAAACACACACACACACACAAACCCUUAAACACAUACAAUCGAACGAUCCAUGUAAUGUAAUCAGCUUCAUAUCUCGUAAUUAGGACUCUGAUAAACACCGCGCACUCCUCUUUGUCCGAGUGCAGGCAUUAUUAUACUACAUAAUACUCAUAUAUCAUUUUUACAUUGUAUUUUAUUUCUGUGAUAGCAACUAAUUUCCUCUAGCUACCUACAUUCUUUACUCACUCUUAGCUCACUCACUCUUUUUCUGUCUCUUAGUCACUAUUUUAUCUGCUACGAUUCAUCCGUUUCUAAGUUCUAGUUCAUUCACUCAGACGAAUUUAUCAAUCUAUAUACCAUAUAUAAUUUCAUUAAAUAAUGUAAAAAGAGUUUUUACAGAGAACAAACAAAUAAACAUAA